AUGCAGUACCACGCGCUGUCGCUAGCCAAUCAGGCGGGACUACAAGUCGACCUUAUUGGCUACGCAGGGUCACAGGUGCAUCCCUCGGUGGCGGAGCAUCCGCGCAUUCACCUGCGCCUGCUGGGCAUGCCCUUCCCCAGCGGCCUCUCGCGCCCGCUGUACCUGCUGCUGCUGCCCAUCAAGCUCAUAGCCCAAGUGCUCUGCUUCCUCUGGGUGCUCUGCAUCGCCACCCCUCCUCCCGACUUCUACCUUUUACAGAACCCGCCCACCAUUCCCACCUUCACAGUGGUCCGUUUCGCGGGCCUGGUGCGCCGAGCCUCGUUCGUCAUCGACUGGCACAACUUCGGCUUCACUCUCUUUGGCCUCCGCUUCGGCCCCGCUCACCCACUCGUGAAGAUCCACAAGUGGUAUGAGACCACCAUCGGUCGGCAGGCAGCAGCACACAUCUGUGUGACUCGAGCCAUGCAGCAGGAGUUGGCAAACAACUGGGAUAUACGAGCCACUGUCUUGUACGACCGCCCUCCUGCCUUCUUCCGACCCAGCUCCCUUGAGGAGAUGAGAGAGGUACUGGGCCGCAUCGACCAAUCACUGCUCGACAGCUGUUUCGCGCCACCUGCACCAGGAACCACGCAGUGGACUCUCAGACCGGACCGCCCUGCCAUUGUUGUCAGCAGCUCCAGCUGGACGGCAGACGAGGAUUUCGACGUGCUGCUAGAGGCAGCUCUCAUGUAUGACAGGCGUGUGGCAGCGAUGGCAGGGGAAGGGGAGUUUGGAGGAGAGGGAGGAGGGGAGGAAGGGGGUGCUGGAGCCCCUCUACUUGAUUCCAGAGGAACUGAUGGGAGUUCAGCAGUGACAGUGGCAGGAGUAGCAGCAGGAGCAGAAGCAGGAGCAGCAACAGCAACAGCAACAGCAACAGGGUCAGCAAGUGCUGCCAAAGAUUCUGCUAGUGGGGGGGGCUCAAGAAACGGCGCAGCAGGAGAGGACGAGCAGGGAGGGGUGGCAACGACAGCAGCAGGAGUAGGAGCAAGUGGAGGGAGGUUGAAGGCAGGAGCCAAGUUUCCUAACCUGGCGUUUAUUGUUACUGGCAAGGGAGCCCUCCGAUCGCACUACGAAUCAAAGAUGCGACGGCUCAGAUUGCGCCACGUGUCCUUCCGAACCGCAUGGCUCGCCCCGGAGGACUACCCGAGGCUGCUGGGCUCGGCGGACCUGGGCGUGUCUCUCCAUACCUCGUCCUCAGGCUUGGAUCUGCCAAUGAAAGUGGUGGAUAUGUUUGGGUGCGGCCUUCCCGUGUGUGCCAUCUCCUAUUCCUGCAUCCAUGAGCUAGUCAAGGACGGCAUCAACGGUCUCCUCUUCUCCGAUUCGUCAGAGCUCGCCUCUCAACUCAUCGACAUCUUCUGCGGCUUCCCAGAAGGUUCUUCCACUCUCAAGCCCCACUCGCCCACCACUGCCACCACCUACACCUCAGCCUUCACCCCCUCAGGUCCAUCAACCUCCCCCUUACCUUCGUCUACCACAUCGCCCUCCUCUCCCUCAUCUCCCUCAUCUGCUCCUUCUUCCGUUACUCUUCUUCAGAAGCUGAGGUCUGGUGCACUUGCAACAGGAGCUGCUGGUAAAUGGGCGGAUGAAUGGGGUGCGAAUGUGCUUCCGCUGGUGGAGAGAUUAUCCGGGGGUGAUUUACGAGGGGAGUUGGUUAACUUGCGAGGUGUAAUGAGGUGA